GGGGGGUGCGCGUGUGGCCGGGUGUGCCGUGCUCCAGCCUUUGUGUCCGGUCAGUGGACGGCUCGUGCGGGGUGUCCUGUGGCGGCCGUCCUCAGCCGAGUGUGGCGGACGAUGCGCGACGCUCUGGCGACGGCGGUGAGCGCUGGUCGGUGCUAAACUGUGGCGGGAGCGCGUGCGACAACUGCUCGAGGCCAUGACCGCCAAGAGCGGAGCCGACGAGUUCAUGGAGGGGCCGCUUGCCCUCUGGAUCAAGACGUUCCAGGAUGAUGACUAUCCAGAGGUCACGUACAGUGACCUCGUGGACGGUCUGUUCAUGCAAGAUGUCAUGCUACAAAUCCACCCGGAUGUGCCGCACCGGGGCAUGACUCGGAACCCGGGCGACAGCUGCGCGCGUAUCAGAAACCUCUCCAUCGUGCUGAAGAACAUCAAACACUUCUAUGAGGUAGAUUAG